GGGAUUUUCUGCCGCCCGAAUUUCUUCAUUCGAGUAAAACUCUCCGCAGUCGACGGUUUCUCGCAUUUUGCUCACACUUUCUUCAGUCUUUGGUGUUCAUCCCAGUUUAGAUCGACACUACUUCCCGCUGAACCACUUGCGUAUACGUUAGAAAUGGGUCCCCCUAGGCGCAAGGUUCUCGCUACGGCGGAAGAGACCAUGUUCCCGCCGGAUGAGCUGUCUCAGGGCCAUCUAAUUGCCCGGGCUAUCAAGGCGACCGGAAACAACAUCUACUCGGUGGAACUUCCCUCGAAAGAGUCGGUUUUGGUGGAGCUCCCUGCCCGCUUCCGAUCGACCAUCUGGAUCAAGCGGGGUUCCUACGUGGUGAUCGAUACCAAUGCUCUCGAGGGCCGCGACAACAAGCUCAAGGGAGAAAUAGUCAACAUCGUCCGUGAUGAGAAAGCGUGGCGCAAAGCCCCGUUUUGGCCAAAGGAGUUCGCUAAGCAAGCUGCUGUUGUCGCCGACGACUCGGACGAAGAGGAUGAGUCCAAUGUCGGCAAGAUGCCCUCUUCCGAUGAGUCGGAUGCUUGAUUGGCAUCUUGAUUGAUCCUUUAGGCGUCCGAACCUAUCGCAUGGGCAAUGGACUACCUGACAGAGCAGUCUUACUUAUUCA